UUCAACCUCAACGGCAUAGACUUUGAAGUCUCGUCGUACACGUUUUAACAUCAAUUGAAUUGCGAGCUCCACGUUAUUGUGCUCGUUCGCUUGUGCUUGUGUCAUUUAAUAGAGUAAAAACACCCUCGUUGGUUUUAUUGUUGCGGCGUAAGCUUGUCACUGGCUUCCCAGUCUUGCGUUUAGCUUGUUAGCUGCUAACAAAGAAAGGCGGAAGCGAGCAGCACCUGCAGAGCACAAGUGAGUGUAAAGUGUUGUGAUUAUCGUGUGAAAAUGUGUAAAGUCGAAAUGCUGAGAGCGCUGCUCAAUGAGCGACUGAGCGCAGCCGUGGAAGAAAUAGUUGUAGUGUUUGAAAGGACGAUAGCAGAGUACGAGGAGGAACUCAGUCGAACAAAAGAGGAGAACGCGCGACAACGUCAACUACUGGACGCUGUUUUCAAGACUCAAGGUGGACUGAACAGAUCAGAUGUCAGUGAAGAAGAUCUUCAUCCUGAGCAACAGGAGUGGAGCUCCAGGGUGGAACAGCACGAGCCAACGCCCUCCCACAUUAAAGAGGAAGAGGAGGGCGAGAGUCUUCAAGGGCCAGAGUUGCCUGUGAUUCGUGUCGUCGUAAAAAGUGAAAAUCGUCAAAGUGAGGAGAACAGAGGGACGGAGCCUCCGAGCGGCAGCUCGAGUCAACACAUGACAACGGAAGGCGAUGGAGACCACUGUGGAGGAUCACAAGCAGAGAGCCGUUUAGUUCCACUAUCAGUCAGUGAUGACACAAUGUCACACUCUCCUGACACUGAUGAGGAACACUCUAAAGGAGAUGGGCGAUGUCACACAGAUGACACGUGCUGGAAGUGCUCUCAUUGUGACAAAGCCUUCUCUAAGCAGACUGAUUUGAAAAAGCACAUGCGAUGGCACACGGGAGAGAGACCGUUCAUGUGCUCAGAUUGCGGUCAAACAUUCUUGAAGAAAGGACACAUGACAACGCACACGAGGACGCACACCGGAGAGAAACCUUUUUCCUGCUCAGUUUGCAGCAAAAGUUUCAGCGUUCCUUUCGGUUUGGUUCAACACAUGAGGACGCACACCGGGGAGAAACCCUUCAGCUGCUCCGUGUGCCACAAGCGAUUCGCUUAUCAAAUCUCCUUGAUGAGACAUGCCAGCACACACACGGGAGAGAAACCACAUUCCUGCUCGGUCUGCAACACAAGUUUUCGGCUUCGGUCAGCACUCAUAACGCACAUGAGGACGCACACUGGAGAGAAGCCGUUUUCUUGCUCUGUCUGUGACAAAAGUUUUUGUGCCAAUUCAACACUGAGGAAUCACAUGAGAACACACACUGGUGAGAGUAUGUAGCUGUGGUGUUUGUGAUUAAACAGGUAUCACUUAGAACAGUUAGCAUGCUUUUGACAUCAACGUAGUGAUAAUUUUUUAUUAUUACUAUUUGCGGUUUUGGAACCGACCCUGCAUUAUAUUAAAUACUUACUUAGUCACUCUUUUUGUGCUCAAGCCAAAGCCCUGUCUAAUAAAAAUGUGUGUUUUUCCACCAUCUUGUGGCACCUAUAGGUAUAUAUAGGUGAUGCACCGAAAAUGCAAAAAGUGCAUUUCGGACUGAAAGACUAAAAGUUACCAAAAUAUCAUAGUUGUGCAAACUCAUAGCUUUGGCCAACACACUUUGGCCAACACACGAGCUUGUACACUUAAUAAUUAAGACAUUUUGCUAUUAACAACAAUACCCAUUGGCCUUUGCUGACUGUGGUUGAAUUGACUGGGAUGUCAUUAUUUAUGUCAUUACAGCCUACAGUCAUAGUUGGCUAAUGACAUAGUCGUGCACCAUGAAUCAACCAUGAAUGUGACCAAAAAAAUGAAUGUAUUUAUAACGGCAAUAAUUUAAAUUUGCCUGUUGCAAUAAAUUGCAGGAACCGCGAUGCUUUACCGUCGUCAUGCGUGCGGGUGUCCAAACUGCUGCGUCCCAAUUGUCGCCCAACCGUGCUGCUUUCCGCCGUUCGGCUACUCAGGUGGAAUGCUUGUUCCUUGCGAUGUAUUUGCCCUGCUGCAGCUACCUAUGAGCUACAGCUAACUGAACUAAAUAUGAUGCCGAGCUGCGGAGGUGAAAGAACGCACGCCUCGCGCCCGUUGUCAACACAGCACAAGUCACUAAUCAUCGCCUCCAUGACAGCGGAUAAACUACAUUUUGACAAUGAUCGUUUUCACGAAGGACAGAGAGUACAAAAUGGUAGUCAGACGGCGGUGAAGCCAGUUGCGGAGCUAUUGUGACAUGAAGUUGCAAAACGCCAAAAUAAGUCAUCGGGUGGUACAGUACACUUGUCACAUAGGCCUGGCUGGAACCGGGAUAUAGCAGACAUUAGCUAACUUUGAAGAGCAAAAUAGCAGACAAACGACUACGUGUUUGUCGAGUAAAACACUGACAUACACGAUAACGCUAGACAGCUACAUAACAAAGGGACUGAAAACCGGAAAUGGUUUCGGUCAAGAGUUUUCAUUUCGGUGCAUCACUAGUAAUGACUGUUUAUGAGGCAUCAAUUACUUUUGGAUUUUGCUAUUCACCAGAUGGCUUGGUCCCGACCCCCCUGCGAAGAGAGGAUAACACGUUCAUAAAUACUGUUUACUGUACAUACAGUACAUUCUGGA